AUGCCCUGCCCUCCCUCCUCCUUACGAUCAUCGCCCCUUCCUCUUCCACAUCUCUCCCCCACUCACCCUCCCUUGUGCGCGCCUUUCCACACUUGCACACAUCAAUGCACACUCGGGUGUGUGACAGACUUCACAGCUGUGUUUUUUCUUCUUCUCCUUUACCUGCUCUGCAUUUCGGCUGCUCCUCUUCCUGUCUUCUUCUGCGACCCAGAGAUGUUCUUUGCGCCACCAGCAAAGGUGCCACGGACGCAGCGGCUGACCGUGACGAGCAGUGCAGCAGCGCCCUACGUCUACAAGCGCGUCACCGAGGCGGACAGCGGACUCACGGAGGCAUCACCGACUUCUCUCGACGGGGCGGUGGUCUUCGACGCCGCCAAUGGACGCACGAUACCCGUCUCGAGCUUUCUCUCUGGUGCUGGCGCGCACCUGUGCUGGAUGGUUGACGAAAAUACGAAACUUCUGCGCCUGUGGAACGUAAGCCGGCCAGGGUGGCGGACGGCGGCGCCACGGCUUGCAGAGAUACCGUACUUUGCAGCUGCCACGGAGGGACUGCCGAUGUUUGUGAGCGAGAUGGGUGGGGAGGAGGAGUCCCUCGCCUUUUGCAGCGAGCGCGGCGCCAUAGCUAGUCUGGACCACAGCAUUGAGGUGCAAAUGAUCGACGAGGACGACGCUGCGAUGAUGGCUUCAAGUUUUGUCUGCGCGCGGCGCUGGGUCAAUGCGGAAGCGGUGAUUGUGACAGUGCUGGGGACAACGGCCGGGGUGCUCGUUGUGGAUCUCAAAUACGAUGGCACCCACACGACAAUGAGGUUUGACCGGCGCGACCCGGCGUCCUUUCGCUGGGUGCGCGGGGGGCGCGACAACUUGCUCCAGCGCAGGAACAGUGGUGACGUCGAAGGGUGCCCGGCCACGCCGCCCCCAUACACCGCCGAGGAAGAGGGGCAGCAGCAGUUGUUGAACGAAGACGCACAGACAGGGCGCCCCAGCGCUUCCGCAAACGUGUCCAGUUGGCUGUGGCAUUCACUCAAGUCCUUGGUCGCCAGCGGUAAUGGUACGAGUAGCGAUCGUCAGGGCGGCUGGACAGGCCCUGGUGGCGCAGCAAAUGUAUCUUCUGUGUGGCCACUUUCGGCUGUCGACCGCGGCCAGCGUGGUGAUAGCCCUCUUGCCUUUACGCAUGUGCAACUACGUUACCACUACCCUGAUCAGGUGGUGGCGAUUAGCGCUUUGGGUGAGGUGUUUCUGUUGGAUUUCAGCCCGGUGCCGCCACUGGUGGCAGGGACAGCACCGCGGCCGCGCAUUUCAAUUAAGUGGGCCACAUCGCUUCCCUCGUCGCUGGGCCGCAGCGGCCGCGUCGUUGCCUGCACGGAGAGCCAGCACAAGGUGUGCGUGCUUUACUACGUCCGCAGCAGCUCGGCGCACCCGCUGCCAGCGCUGUGGCUCGUGACGCUGGAUGCCUCUCUCGGAAAGGUUGUGAACUAUGUAGUGCUGAACGCCGUCGCAGACGUCGUCAGCUCCGCCGCUCGCCUGCCGUCCCACCACGUUAAGCUUUUUUCUGACGACACCCACUGCGUGGUUCUCAUUAGCAUUGGGGCGUAUGUGUUGCGUGUGAACAACCAGGUGGGGGUUCGACAGCCGUGCUCCAGCGAGGACACCAUCUGCUUUGCCCACCUUGAGCAGGCUGUGGUCUCGCUGUUGCGAGAAGACGGUAGUCUCGUCACCCUCGAUGCUCGCGGUCCACACCUUACCGUGAGAGAUGCCCUGGCGGCCCGCAUGGUGCCCGUGGCCAGCAGUGACGGCCCCAGACGUCUGCACGACGGCGAUGACUCUGGCGAGUCGGAGCUGAAGAGCAUCCUGGAUGCUGUUCGCACUGACCCGACGCUUUCUCUGGACAGUGCGGUGCUUUACGCGAGCGAGUCGCUCUCUUCCUCAUCGGACUCGCAUUACCCUCGGUGGCAGGGCAGUGGCAAUAGAGGCAACAGCAGCGGCGUUGGCACCGGCAACUGGGCACGUCGAAAUCUAAACACUGAGGAUAAGAACAUUGUACAGCGCGUCACGCGCCAGCUCACGUGCCAGCAGCAGGCGCAUCGCUGUUUUCUCAUGGCUGUCCUUCGGCACGAGGAAGUACGCAAGCAGCUCUCGCAAGCCACCAUUGCGCAGAUGAUGUCGGUGCAAGAGGCGCUCGUAUCGUUGUGUGCGCUGCGCAGCAUGCAGAAUGUGGGGUUGCAGGCUCAGCAGUCUUUGAGCUCCGAUCCAGAUAGUGUGACGCACCGAGUUCUCCCUCCUUUGAGCGACAUGCUCGGAGUAGCGCCGAGUGGCGGCUGCGACGGCGCCUACUUGUUACCACGCCGGCCCUAUCGUCAUGACGCCACUCAGGACGGCAGUAACGACGCGUCUGGCGCGCAGGCGGCGUCGCGACUGGUGAAAAGCACGGAGCAGAUUGAGCGCUGCCAGCAGAUUAUGCGACGCGCCAUUGUUGCCGUGGCGGAUGCCAUUCGGGCAGAGCAGAAGGCGGCACUGGGUGGUGCCUCUACCGGUCUUGAAGGCAGUGUGCAAGGGUUGACAGCCGCUGAGGUGUGCUUUGCAGACCCGUCGAACCUCGCUCGGCUGCUCUGCUUCGUUGGGGUGUACCUGUCCGAGGUGCGGCAGACCGUCUCGCUGCCUCUGGAAGAAAAGUUUGCGGAGUGCUACGCGGCGGGGUGCAUCUAUGUGGUGGUUGCGCAGUCGAUUAUGGAAUCGCGUGAGGAGACGAGGAGCGUGUACGAAAUUCCAAAAGGCGUCUUGUCGUGCAUGUGGACCGGCUCCAGCGACCCCGUGCGCGGUAUCGCCUUGUGCUUCUCACAGGCGUGUGUGCACCUUUCGAACACUCUGGCAGACGUCUGCGAUGUAGCGUCGAGCAACAUGAACGCCGGUACCGACAGUAACGCCAAUGCCGUCGACGCCGCAGCUCGUUUGGCGAGCGCCGCCACAUUGUCCUCGCUCGCACUUCAAAAGUGCGACAUGCUCGACGUGGUCACCUACCUGCUGUACUUCUUCCUGACCAACAACCCUCACCACGACAGCCGUUUUGUCUCUUCAGUUGUGACGAACACCCUCCUCCGCGAGCCGUUUCUCAAUGGUCCGGUUGGCUACCCGUACGGUGCCCCCGCUGCAUCUCGCGGCUGCGUCGAAGUUGGUCUUCGCGUUCUGCGCGUGUGCGAGACGUUGGCACUGCGCUUCGAUGCAAUGCCGAUCCUAAUGACCUUUGCGCUCUCCACGCCAAUCGACGACCCCGCCAGUUGCCCGGAGCAGUACGAGCGACUUCAGUCCUACUGCCAGCAGAACUCCCUUGUCCUCGACGCCGCGCUUCAAACGCUCUGGGAGCAGCGCCGCGAGUGGGAGCUGCUCAGCCUGCCUGCCGUGCUGCCUGGUUGUCCUGACGCACGUGCUCGGCGGAACAGCUUCCUAGAAGCACAGGCACCGCACCUGCUGUGGCUCGCCGAUCCAGGUCGUUAUGAUGCCCUCACCGCUGAGGGGCAGGCCAGUCCACCCUACAUCCCGUACGGGGAGGACCAGCUCAAACACCGCAGCCGGUGCAAUGCCAUGGCACGCCUUGCAUGGGUGGCGACAGGGGCAGCUCCAUCGAGCCGCAUCAACGAUGUGGAGCUCUCCGAGUCAAUUGUGGCAGGGCAGCAAGAGUUCCUCGGACCUGACUACAACGCUGUCACCCUCGGCGCACAGGCGGCGGUGCAGCGGCUCUUGGAGAAGCGAGACUGUGUUGCGGCGUGGGUGCAGGCGGCCGUGAUAGCCAGUCACACGAUGCAGCCGACCAGCGAGGACUUGCUGGUACAGGUGCUGCGGCGCUGCCGUGCCCACGACGGUGAGUCAUGCCUGCGGAGCAUCCUUGCGAACAGUGUUAGCGAGCUGGAGACGGAUGCAAACUUGCGCCAGACAGCUCUGGGUCAGGUGAUAGUGUCAUGCGUCAAGCUUCAGGACACUGAGACGCUGUACCGCGUGUGUGAGACGCUGCUGACAGCCGAAGAGCUCACGCUGCUUUCCUCGUGGGUGGCGUACCUUUGGACGGCGAGUCACGAACGGGCGUAG